AACAGUGAUACUUUAUAAUCAUAAUAACUCCACCCGCAGUGUUUCAGAUGGAGACUAAAUCAAACGCAACUCCAACAAGCGCCCAACCUUCGCUAACUUGACUUGUUUUGCCGACAGGGAGCUGAUGCUAGGACUGACAUGGCGGAAGGUAACGCUAACGUGAACGUGAGUGCGCCGAACCUUCCACCGGGCGACCCGCAGCUCAUCGGUAUGAUCGUGGAGCAUCUGAAGAACCGGGGUCUCUUUGACGAGUUUCGCCGGGACUGUUUGGCCGACGUUGAUACGAAGCCUGCUUACCAGAACCUGCGUCAGAAAGUCGACAACUUUGUCACGUCUCACCUGAGCACACAAGACUGGAGCUCGUCCAUCAACAAGAACCAGAUGAGGAACGGGCUGAGGCAGACAGUUGUUCAAUCUGGUAUGUUGGAGUCUGGUGUGGACAGGAUCAUCACGCAAGUCGUGGACCCCAAAAUGAACCACACUUUCCGGCCGAACAUAGAAAGUGCCAUCCAUGAUUUCUUGUCAGGUGAUCGGAAGGAGGAGAACAUGUUGGGUGGUAACUCUGCACCAUCUGAACAGACUGAACCACAGGAGCCCCCCUCCACCUCUGGACCCAAAACCCCCUACGUGAUGCCGCUCAACCUGCUCCCCGGUGUUUUGUUGCCUAUUUUUCUGCUCCUGGUCACGACCUGUGAGCAGGUGCUGAGCGUGGAGCCGACGCACGAUGUCCACGAGAAACAAGUGAGUCAGGCCAAGAGAAGACUCUCUCUGCAGAGCACAGUGGAGAUUCAGAGCUGCCUGGUGAGUUCAGGCGACGUCGGCUGUGGGACGUUUCAGUGUUUCAACAACAACUCGUGCGAAGUCCAAGGGCUGCACCACAUCUGUCUGACGCUGCUGCACAACGCCGGGCGCUACGACUCACAGGGUAAGUCUUUUGUGAAGGAUGCGCUGCGAUGCAUGGCGCUGGGACUGCGACAGCGCUUCAGCUGCGUGAGCCGCCGGUGCUCUGCGAUUAAAGAGAUGGUGUUCUCGCUCCAGAGAGAGUGCUAUACCAAACACCAGCUGUGCCUGGCACUGCGGGACCACAUGGACACCACGGGAAACCUGGUCCAGUUCCACUUGAUGUUUCCUCCUGGACCCUAUGUGGAGCUGGUGAACUUCCUGUUGAAGUGUGACGACGAGGUCAGGUCAUGGGUCAGCCGGCGGUUGCGCGGACAGUGCGAACAACACUGGGGGGCGCUGUGCAAAAGCUUCGGCAACACCUGUAUUCUCAGCCAAUCGGAGGCUCCCCAGCACACCAGCACCCCUCCAACGCCCACCGGCCCCUGGCCAAUCACUGCUCAGGAACCCACGCAGGAGCCAACCAGAGCAGCCGAAGCAGGAGACGGGGUUGGGCUUAAUCUGAGUGACAACACCACCGAGUCUGGUCCUGAAGUGUCUGAGAAAACCAAUGUCACUGCUUCAUAAAGCAGCAGGGGAGGGAUGUAGUUAUACUGGUGCAGACAGGGUACACAGAUACAAAGAUCAUGCACUUAUUACUAUUAUAUUCUGUAGUUGUAGUUGUAGUUUUAGUAACGUAUUUGGUGCAGUAUUGCUGGUGAAAGUGAUGCAACGUAACUUAUUUAAUCAGUCAGGUAUUUUUUUUCUUUACAUUUGACGCUGAUAAAUGGAUGCAAACCAAUGAUCUACCUCACUUACAACAUCACAGUAAACCACAGUCCUCCAGCAGUGGACAUGGACGCAGGGAAACACGACAGGGAGUUUGUUUUUAGCUUCAGUGCAGCUGAUAGAUGAACGUCAGUCUUCUACUUAUUUAAGUCCAUUUUUGUUUUUAAAUGUAUGUGCUCGUGUUGUUUUACGCACCGUAUAGACGGCACGCUGUGUGUCAAACGGUAUCAUGAAGGCGAUCACGGUGCAGUCUGCAGGGAGGGAAGCACUCUUCGGUUAUGACGUGUAAUGAAAAUAUGUAUUCUUUUUUUUGAUGUUCCAUUUGAACAGUCACAUUUCAUACAAACCCCAGGUUUCAAGAUAUUUUGUAUGUUUUUAUUUAAGUGAAUCUAAAGAAAAUAGAUUUGAGAGCAACGUUUGAUUGAAAUUAAAUAAGCUACAAUGA